CACGGGUUAUGUCGGGUGGUGUCGGCUUCUUUGUGUCGAGGCUGUGCUGCCGAGUGUCAGAUAACCCGCAUGAAGGGGAGAGAUAACGGUUCUCAGCCGCUGGGCUAGAUACAGUCACCGCGGGCUGUUUAUAUCAUACAGGCUUUGAACACCAGGAAUCCAGGUCUCUCGGCUGCUCUCAGUCUGCCGGGACAAUACCCAGCACUCCAGUGAUCUGAAAGCGAGCGAGAGCCAUGACCACGGCUAGCAAGUCUCCUCUUGGCCAGGGUGUCAUGAAGAUCUUACUCCUUCUCUUGUUUGGUGGAGCCAUGUCUUCAAGCCCGGAGGGUCUUCACCUUCGUACGAAGAGAGGAACAAGGACGUAUAAAUCCCUGUGUAUGGAGCGGCCCUCGGGGAGGAUCUACAGUAAUGGGGAUAGCUGGCUGCGCCCGGCUGGCAGGAGAGUGGAGUUCUGUCGGUGUGAAUAUGGGCAAACCAAAUGCCACAGUGUACCGGUCACAGGCUGCCUGGAGCUGCGAUGCUACAAUGGGGGGCUUUGCCAGCAGGCCCUGUAUUCCUCUCACUAUCUGUGCCACUGCCCCAGCGGAUUCACCGGCGAGAACUGUGAAACAGACACUCGAGCAGAUUGUUACGAGGGAUCGGGAGAGGCGUACAGAGGGACUCACAGCCAGACCCAGAGCGGAGCGGUGUGUGUGAACUGGAACUCGGCAGGACUCAGCGAGCAGAGAUACAACGCCCAGCACAGAGACGCCCUGAAACUUGGCCUUGGAAACCACAAUUACUGCAGGAACCCUGAUGGUGACACAAAGCCCUGGUGUCAUGUGUUUAAGGAUGGAAGAUACAGCUGGGAGUAUUGCAAUAUUUCAAGCUGCCAUUUUGCCUCCCCUGCCUGUUAUUCCGCUCGGGGCACAACUUACAGGGGUUCACACAGCACCACCUCUUCAGGGUCCCGGUGCUUGUCCUGGGAUUCCCCAUUACUGCAGAAUAAACGAUAUACAGCCUGGAACAGAAACGCCCGCAGGCUAGGGCUUGGAAGCCACAACUACUGUAGGAAUCCCGACAACGGCCCUCGCCCAUGGUGUUAUAUAGCACGAGGGACAGUCAUCUAUUGGGAGUUCUGUGAGAUCCCUCGUUGCUCUUCCUGUGGCACUCGCCGGCCCCAGAUGCCCCAGUUCCGGAUGCUGGGAGGCAAAGAAGCGCAUAUCACUUCACAUCCUUGGCAGGCGGGCGUCUUCGUGGCUUCCAGAAACUCAGUGAGGGAGCACUUCAUGUGCGGAGCGGCACUCAUACACAGGUGCUGGGUGCUGUCUGCGGCACAUUGCUUCACCGCAGGGAUUCCCACGAGCCGACUCCGUGUCAUACUGGGACGCACGAUGCGGGUCGAGCCUGGAGAGGAAGAACAGAAGUUCACCGUGGAUCAGAUGGUUAUCCACCCUCAGUUUGACGAAGAUACCUUUGAUAAUGACAUCGCUCUUCUCCACCUCCAUUCUAAAUCGGGAACAUGCGCCACAGAAACGGAGAGCGCUCGGCCAGCCUGCCUCCCCGAGCCGAAGCUGACCCUACCGGACUGGACAGAGUGUGAGAUGUCUGGAUACGGCAAGCUAGAGGAAUUUUCCCCAUUCUUCUCCGACCAGUUGAAGGAAGGUCAUGUCAGACUUUACCCCGACAAGCUCUGCACCCCCGAGCGUCUGUCCAACCAGACAGUCACCGCCAACAUGCUCUGUGCGGGCGACACCAGGAACCAGGAUGAUGCAUGCAAGGGAGAUUCCGGUGGUCCCCUCGUCUGUUCCCAUGAUGGACGCAUGCACUUGCUCGGAAUCAUCAGCUGGGGUGUAGGGUGUGGGAAAAAGGACACACCAGGGGUUUACACGCGUGUGACCCGAUACGUGGGCUGGAUACGGGAACAAACUGGCAUCUGAAGUCACUGAGCGGAGAAGAACGUGCACUUUAACCACUAUCCAAAGGUCUGGAGAACCAUCGGAACCAACUAUCUGAACUUCAGCAUCAUUCCAAUUCACCUUCUCAGCCAUUCCAGCCUUUUCUGCUGUAAGAAGGACAACGUAGUAGAUACGAAAGACAAACUAUAGGAUAUUUAUACAUUGUUAUUAUAUUUAAAAGGCCGAUUAAAGGCCUGUAGGAACUUAGCAGCCAUGUCAGAUCGGAUCAUUAGGUUCGGAUCGCAACUAGCAGCCAAAUUCUCAUCGGAGGCCAUAUUUCUGCGGAUAUCACCCGGAUAUGAAGGAAAAACCAGAGUGACAAAGGACCGGGAGUUAUUUAGAAGAGUAUUAUGAGAUGCUGGACUCAUGGCUUUGUAGAAACUAUUGUCCGCUUUGAUGACAAGAACUUCCCUGCCGGCAUCAUGUGAGGGGAGAUUCCAUGGCUAUCCAAUUCACUGGAGUCCUAACGGAGUAUGAGAUGUGUAAUAAAUAAUUCUGUAGAAUGA